ACCUCUCAUAAUUUCUCUCUGACUUUUUGCUUCCACCGCCAGAUCGCAAUCUUCCAGCUUUGUUGGAAAACUCGUCGCUUGGCAACAUAUCUAUCAUCCUUUUUCCAAGUAUUCCGCUCCCUCCGCCCUCCCCGACACUUUUGCUGCUGCUUGGACUCCAAUGCUGACACUCCCAGGUCACAUCAUCCCAUCCAUCACGCUUCAAGUAAAUCUCACUUGACAAAGAUGGAGGUUGGCAUGCAAUCGUCUCGCUCGGUCCAGAGCCAUCAUGGUCAAGGUACACUUAAUCACAGACAUGAGGAUGUCUGCGCAUGAACCGGUGUUCGCGACUUUCCUGCCAGCAAGAUGUUUGCUGCCAUCCAACCAGACCCAUAGAUGGAUCUGGAGAUGGCGGUUCGCUUGCUGGAUCCCUGGGAGUCGCGUUCUGAGAUCAUACGGUUUUAACUUGAUCUGGAUAAUACCAGCGAAAGGAUUAUGCGAUCUCCCUCUUUCCCCCUUGACAGGUAUCUGAGCUUCGCCUAACACCAUGCAGGACGUGCACAAUGUCUCCACCAAUUGCCACCUUCAACGAGUUUGAUGGCUACACUGGCACCAAAGAGAUAAAGAAGCAAGGCGCCCUUGGAGCUACAAAGGUGGCUUUGACGGCUUCUGGCGAACACAACAGUCUGCUCGAACAAUUCGGCGACAAAUGGGAGGGCUUCAAGUUUGCCCCGAUCCGCGAGUCCCAGGUGUCGCGAGCCAUGACCAGACGCUACUUCGCCGACCUCGACCGCUAUGCCGAGUCGGACGUGGUCAUUGUCGGUGCAGGUUCCUGCGGGCUUUCCACCGCCUACACCCUGGCCAAGGCGCGACCAGACCUCAAGAUCGCCAUUAUUGAGGCCUCGGUCAGCCCUGGCGGCGGUUGCUGGCUGGGUGGCCAGCUGUUUUCGGCCAUGGUCCUGCGCAAACCCGCCGAAGCCUUUUUGAAUGACAUCGGCGUGCCGUACGAGGACGAAGGCAACUACGUGGUUGUCAAGCACGCCGCGCUCUUCAUGUCCACGCUGAUGAGCAAGGUUCUGGCCAUGCCAAAUGUCAAGCUGUUUAACGCCACUUGUGUUGAAGACUUGGUCACCCGUCCCUCCGCUGAUGGCGGUGUCAGAGUGGUUGGCGUGGUCACCAACUGGACCUUGGUCACCUUGCACCAUGACAACCAUAGCUGCAUGGACCCCAACACCAUCAACGCCCCCUUGGUCAUCAGCACCACUGGCCACGACGGCCCGUUCGGCGCCUUCUGCGCCAAACGCCUCGUCAGCAUGAACGCCAUUGAGAAGCUGGGCGGCAUGCGUGCACUCGACAUGAACCGUGCCGAAGACGCCAUUGUCAAGGGCACGCGCGAGGUGUCGCCGGGCUUGAUCAUGGGCGGCAUGGAGUUGAGCGAGCUGGACGGCGCCAAUCGCAUGGGACCUACCUUUGGGGCCAUGGUCUUGAGCGGUGUCAAAGCUGCAGAGGAAGCGCUGAAGAUCUUUGAGACGAGGAAGGCCGAGUGCGCCGAGUAAAGGGAGGAGGCACGUCGGAGAAUAAAUCACAAGCGGCCUGUAGCAAUCGAGGCGCCCGUCACUCAUUCAGAUAAUCCCAGAAUGCCAAUGGUAUGAUUUUGUAGCCAUGACAAUCCCUCACUGACGUAUAUCAUUGGACGGCAAUGCUCGGAACAAU